AUGGCCGGAGAGCUCACACUAUAUGUGACUGAGUUUGUGGACCUGGGUAAUGUGUCAGCCUUAAGGACGUUCAGGGUACUGCGAGCGCUCAAAACCAUCUCUGUCAUCCCAGGCCUGAAGACCAUCGUGGGUGCUCUGAUCCAGUCAGUGAAGAAGCUCGCUGACGUGAUGAUCCUCACCGUUUUCUGUCUGAGCGUCUUCGCCCUCAUCGGCCUGCAGCUCUUCAUGGGAAACCUGCGGCAGAAAUGUGUCCGCAGCACAGCGCACUGCUUCAACGACACCCUGCCGACCAACACCUCGUUCGUCUGCAACAACAAGACGUGGGCCUCCUUGAAGGACUUCGUCAACGACGAGGACAACUUUUACAAAGUGGAGGGCGCCAAGGAUGCCUUAAUCUGUGGGAACGGCAGCGACGCAGG